UUUCAGCCAAUCACAAAGCCGUGGGCGGGUCUAAAGAUGAAACAGCGGAAGAUUUAAAACGAAGAUGGCGGCUGAAAGUGAUCCCCACAACAAUCACAAACUGUGCAGAAGGGGUACACAAUGCAGUGUAUUUAACAGCCUGGAAAAGCCAAACACAAGCCAGCCUGUGAUCUUCAACCCAGACUUCUUUGUGGAGAGGCUGAGACAUGAGCAUCCACAGACCUUCGCGGAGUUGGUACUUAGCAAUAUCACUCGGCUCAUAGACCUUCCAGGGGAUGAGUUUGCCCAGCUCAUUGGAGAGUCUGACGCUAAGGUUCCCUCCACCACCGGCUUUUUACGCUCCUUCAACUUCCUGAAACGGAAAGACAAAGGAGUGGUUUUUGGUGCACCAUUAACUGAAGAAGGGAUAGCACAGAUCUAUCAGCUCAUUGAAUACCUGAGUAAAAACCUUCAUGUGGAGGGGUUGUUCCGAGUGCCAGGCCACAGCCUAAGGCAGGCUGCCCUGAGGGAGAUGCUGAAUGCUGGGGCAGAUAUAGAUCUAGAGACAGGAGACUUCCACCCCAAUGAUGCGGCCACAUUGCUCAAAGCCUACCUGGGAGAGCUGCCAGAGCCUCUGCUCACGCACAGACACUAUCAUGCUCACCUGAAGAUAGGAGAGCUGACUCGCUUUGAUGAUAAAGGUGAUAAGACGAAUAUGCCUGACAAGGAACGCCAAAUCGAGGCAUUUCAGCUGCUUUUCAUGCUGCUCCCACCAGCCAACCGCAGCUUGUUGAAGCUGCUGCUGGACCUGCUGUACCACACUGCUCGAAAUCAGCACAUCAACAAGAUGUCUGCUAUCAAUCUAGCCACGAUGUUUGCACCACAAAUCAUCUGGCCCAAAAAUGUGAUGGCAAGUGAUCUGCAGGGGAAAAUUGAGCAACUGAAUAAUGGCAUAGCAUUCCUCAUCAGGCACUCACAAAAGCUGUUCAAGGCCCCUACAUACAUCAAAGAAUAUACCCACUUGUACUUCACAGGAUCUACAACUCUCCAGUCAAAGGAUGAUUUGACACUCUGUUCUGGGACUAAAGAUGGGCACGUAUCUGCGGUCGCAGCUGCCUCCCCGACUCCCUCUGUGAGAACCAUCAGAGUUGAGGACAGCAGCACCUGCACCCCCAGGUCAUCUGAACCUCCGACUUACACUGAAUCUGCCCUCAAAGAGCUUUACCAGCAGGUCAACAACAUGCCUGAGUCUGCCAAAAAGAAGAAGCUCAUCAGACAGUUUGAUAAGCAGCCUUUGCUUACACCUUCGGCUGACUCCCGGACUCCACUCAGCAGGAAACAUUGGCGUUCACGCUCUUUGGGUGGAAUGAUCAAGAGGAAGGUGUUGGGAAGCCAUGUAUUAACGGAGAAAGAAAACAGCAGACUGCUGAGUCCUCUACCCAGCGGUCAAUUGAUGGCAAGGGAAGAGAAAACACCAGCUGUGGAGGAGAUUAAUCGUCUUUAAAAGAAUGUGCUCUUUACGACUAAGGAAACAUCAGGCUGACUGUUAUGUUAGGUCACUUAGCUUAAGCAAGACUUACUACACUGCAAAGAAAUUGCCAUCUUACUAACCCUCAAGACAUAAACGUCCUGCUUCUCGAGUACAGAUCCAAACAUGGUGUCAAAACAAAGCUGUACAGUGCCUCACACUGUUUAGUUUGUGUCGACGCCUCGAGAAGAUCCUUUAAUACCCCUGAAAUGUGUUCAUGGAUAGUGAAGAAGUUACAUGCUUUAUUUUAAUAUAAUGCAAUUUACCUGUUUUCUUACCCAGUCGAUAGUUUCCUUCUUCAUUUCCUUAUGUCUUGUUCAUUCACGGUGUUUUGCAGGAAGCGAGUGACAUGAAUUUAUCAUCAACUGGAACGUUUGUAUCUAAUUUGCAAACCUUAUUGUAUUUAUUUUUUAUUGGUUAUCUUAAGUGUUUCAAAUCCUGGACUCCAAUGCAUUAGGGUUUUGAUAAGUUGUGAUGCGCAGGCUUUUCUAUUUAAAUGUUAACUCACACAGUCAAUGCAGAACAUUCAAGACUUUUAUUAGAAACAUUUUGAAUUCUGAGAGUGCCUUAAAGUCAAUAUGUCUUAAAUUACUGUAUGAUGCAAUUCUUAUUUAACGUUUUCGCUUCAAGUUCCCGAUAGCUUUAAAAGUGUGCUGAAAUUUCUAUGAAGAAUUAAUUCAAGUUUCAGUAAAAUAAGGACGUGAAGAAAUGUGAAUGGGAGAUACCGAGUGAAAAACCAAAGGACCAUUUGUUUUUGUUUCCACUAGCUUAAAUCUCUGGUGUCGACGCUGUGAUGCUUUAAACUACAUCUUGGUCUUGCAUCUUAUAUUUACAUUUUUCUCAGGCCAGUUUAUGCAACAUUGUAUAUAGUUUUAUAGCUUUCUAUGCAUUUGUAUCUUUACAGUUAUUCAGCUAUUUAGUGGAAGAUUUUCUUUUCUUCUGUUUUUAUCAUUUUUAUUGUCAAAGAUUAGUUGAGUGCACAUGAAGAUGGAUUUGUUGUUUGCCUCCUAUUGUGGUUGUUUACCCAGGUGCUUUCUGGGAAAUUUUGAGCCACUACCACUUUUAAAACCGGCUUGUUGUCUUACACCGUCAGUAGCAGUUUCACUCUGCCAAGCUGUUACAAUUCAACUAUAAUGUGAUGAUUGCCAACAUAGUCUACUUUAGUUGACCAUGUAAACGAUGAUAUUGAUGCUACUGUGAAGCUGUGCAACUCACUGUAAUUAAAAGACAUCAAGCGGA